UAGGCCCCGCCUCCGCGAAGUAGCUCGAGGUACGGCGCGUCAUUCAUGGCCGAGCUAAAGGCUGCGCCACUCUCCGGGUCCGUCCAGCUGCAGCGGCUCGCGAGAGGAACCUACGGGAACACCUGUCUCCCCCGCGUAACCGUGAACAUCCGGCGAGGACCGCGCCGCCGACGACGACGACGCCGAUCGGCACCAGGGAGACCACCGCGCUAUCACCGCGACCGCCAAGUGCUACUACGCGCUUCAACGUCCGCAUCCUCCUCGAUAGUGGAUCGCGAGAGUGUCCGGUGAGCCGUGUUCCGGAGCCGGUGGCAGGCUCGCGGAUAGGCCGCCGGCUCGCGUCGUGCAUGGGACCGAUCAUGUGUCGACAGUGUGUCAAGUGAUUGCUAUUAUUCGUCGGGGGUUUGUUUUCUCGUUCUUGGUGGAGGUAUAUGUACGUAAAGGGGGAAGCUUGUUGCUAGUAGAGUAGAAGAGAUAUAGAGAGGGUUCGCGUGGGAAAAAGACACGGAAGUGUCCGUUGUUUUGAUCGGUGGGUGUGUGGUUUUUUUUCGUACGAGGUAACAUUAUUGUUGGGUGUGAUUCACGGUGUUUCAACAGACGGACAAGAUCGACGUUCGUGGUGGAGGGCUGGCUAAUGCACCGCGGCGGCGGUGUCGCCGGAAGCGGUGCUGGUGGAGCCGCCGGUAUCGCCGGAGGAUCUGCCGGAAGUGGUGCGUUACCCUCGACGAGUCACCGCGGCCUCGAACUGGAACAUCCGUCGGCGAUGCCCGGUGCCCCGGGUUUUCAUUGGGGGGCGAUGCUCGCCGGCCACCAUGCGGCUGCCGCGGCGAGCAUGAUGCAGCCACCCCUGUCCGCGGCCGGUGAGUACACCCCCGCACCGGCACACCAUGGCCCUACGCAUCCUGCCAUGCCUAUGGACCUUCACGUUCACCAGGGAUUCCCUUACUACAGGUAUCGAGAUGACGCUCUCUGUUGGACAGACAGGAAACCGUCCAUGGACGACGUUGGAAAUCCUACCUCUGUCAACGCACGAUUUGACGAGAGACACUACGCUUUCGAAAGCAUCCUCGAGCUGCGCAAGGAAAAAAGCAGAGACGCUGCCAGGUCUCGAAGGGGGAAGGAGAACUUCGAGUUCUACGAGUUAGCGAAAAUGCUGCCAUUACCGGCGGCUAUUACCUCCCAGUUGGACAAAGCCUCUAUAAUAAGGCUAACCAUCUCGUACCUCAAACUUCGGGAGUUCUCGGGUCACGGAGACCCGCCAUGGAAUCGGGAUGGGCCACCGCCAAAUAAAUCUGGCAAAGGUGCGAAUCGUGUGAGGUCAUCAGCAUCCGCUACGAUGGAGCACUUCGAUGUACAUCAGGGUACCCACAUACUUCAAUCGUUGGACGGGUUCGCGAUGGCGGUCGCCGCUGAUGGACGGUUCCUGUACAUAUCCGAGACCGUCUCAAUUUACCUUGGACUCUCACAGGUAGAGAUGACGGGAUCAAGCGUUUUCGAUUACGUUCAUCAGCAAGACCACGCGGAAGUCGCGGAACAAUUAGGCCUGGGACUGACAUCGAGCACCUCUUCCGGUCCACACUCGUCGAGCUCCGGUUUAGCGUCGCCGAGUAGCGCGGCGUCCGAAGAACACGGUUCAUCUUCCACCGCGAAUCCCGACGUGUCGUCGGUAAUGUCGUUAUCGGCAAAUAAUCUUUACAAGGGAUACGAUCGUGCGUUCUGCGUGAGGAUGAAAUCCACUUUAACGAAAAGGGGCUGCCAUUUCAAAUCGUCUGGUUAUAGGGUCGUGUUAUUACUGUGCCGUUUGAGACCGCAGUAUACGUUUGGCCAUUCAAGAAAGUCUGCACCACCAUUGAUAGGCAUGGUUGGCCUGGCGAUCGCACUUCCUCCGCCAAGUGUGCACGAAAUUCGCCUCGAAGCCGACAUGUUCGUCACGCGGAUCAGUUUCGACUUUCGGAUAGCGCAUUGUGAGCCAAGGGUGUCCGAAUUAUUAGAUUAUACAGCCGACGAAUUAACGGGGAAGAAUCUUUAUACGUUGUGCCAUGGGGAAGAUGCGAAUCGUCUUCGGAAAUCUCACAUCGACCUGAUUCACAAGGGGCAAGUGUUAACGCAUUAUUAUAGAUUAAUGAAUAAAAGCGGAGGAUACACAUGGUUACAGACGUGCGCCACGGUAGUGUGCAAUUCGAAAAACGCGGAGGAGCAAAAUAUCAUCUGUGUCAAUUAUGUUAUAAGUGGUCGAGAGUUCGAGAAUUUAAUCAUGGACUGUUGUCAACUGGAAGAAGGCGUGAUGGGUGUCAAGCGUGAGGACGCGGCUGGAAACGAUCCAGAAAAUGGAUCACCGGAUGCCGAUAGAGGAGAAGGAAGAAAUCACGGUGGACCACCGAACCAGCAUCAAGAACACCCUCACAGGUCGCCGCCUGAAGAUCGCGAAGAUACUCGCGGCUCGGAGAGCGAAAAACGAGGCAGCCGGCAUCACGACAACAUAGCUCAGUUACAGCAAGAGCCGCAGACAGCGGUAGGAAACAUUAACACGCUCGUAGUGAAAUUACGUGGACACAAGCGAAAGCUGCACGAGGACGAUAGCAGCUCGAUCGAGGAGGAGGACGAGGAGGACGAUUCAACGGUGAAAGUCACGAAUAACGAGAGAAGCCACGCUCUAAGUCCAGCUCCAUCAAACCAUUCCAUUUCAGGAGGUGAGCAAGUACUGUGCUCGGCCAGUCCUAAAUCGAGACGCGUGGAAGAUAGAACGAGCAACGCCGACAGUACCGGCACCUCCGUGAAAGAUCUAGAGCAGGCGAUGUCCAAGCAUCUGCCAGUUCAGAAUCUAAAUAAAUCCCAUUCACCGACGCUGCAUCAGCCUACGGAUUUCAGCACGGACGCGUUGCUCAAGCAGCAACAGCAGAGGAGUACGAUACAAUGGAUCGGAGCUCAUCAUCAUCUGGGACAUCUAAGUCCGCAACAGUCGACUACCGCGCCAUUGCCAGCGUCCGCUCUUCUACGACAAUUAUACGCCAACAGAGAGAGCGUGAUACGAGCUAACGUUCACGGAAUCACGUCCAGUAGUACUACAAGAACCUCCUCUUCCGGUGGAACCUAUUACGCCGGGGACACGACACCCAGUGGUCCUCUACCCACUCCACCUGGCUCCGAAGGAUCCAGCACCUAUGGCGAACAUCAAUUUGUGUUAGCAACACACAAUCAGAAAAAUUCCACCGGAACAAGUUGCGCCGAUGCGUUCACCAGUCUGGUUUCCUCGUAUUCUACCGCCAGCGGUUACACGGUCGAUUAUCACUCGGCGAUGACUCCACCGUCGUCCGUUUCACCGAGGGACAAGCAACAACAACAACAACAGCAACAGCUGCAUCCGGUAAACGUGAUAAGCAGCUACGAAGGCUCGUCGGCUUAUAGCGAUCCCGUGUUACGACACCAAUACGAGCCAGCGCAACCAUUGCCUUUAAAGCCACAAGUGUACUCGGCUGCUGUUCAUCCGAGCGCGUUGGACGCUGCUGCAGCGUAUGCCUCGGCCGGUUUAAGCGAGCAGGCGCAAUUUUAUCAUCACCCGGCUGCUGGGGCUGGUUUCCACAUUUACCAUCCGACGAACAAGUCGACGACGAACGGUUGGUACAGUUCGACGUCCUAGUGGCGUGCGCCGGCACGCGAGAGACGUGUACUUAAGUAACUGAAAAUUCUGAGCCCAAAGUCCCCACAUGCAUAUCAGUGAUAUCAUAUUCACCUCGGCAUCUCUGUACACCGAUUUCCCCUCUCGUUUCCCCUCUCUCCUUCCAUACAUUUGUUCAUCUUUCCCUUUCGGUUAUCUCCUAUUUUCGCUUUAUCUAUUCUUCACUUUCGCCACAAGCUCAUCGUUUCUAUCUUCCCCUAAGCUAGUUUUCAUAUUUUAUCCCCGCGUCUUUUCCUAUCACCCAAGCGAUCAUACGCGCGCAUCCAAUGUGCCAAUUGAACUGUAAAAAAUCGCUGCUCUCUAUUCUUGACUAUGUAGAACGACUUAUUGUAAUAUAAUAGAAAUAAAUUAUUAUGUAUGUUGACAUUUUCGGAGAUAUUCGCGAAAGCAAAACUGAGGAUAGGAGUUUCUUAAAAAAGAAAAAAAAAGAAAAAGAAAGAGAAACACAAAAAAGGGAAGGAAUAAAUUUGAAACAAAGAGGAGAAGAAUAUGUUUUGAUGCGACGCUCAAGGGGCAAAACGGUGAAUCUCGAAACGCGGUGACCAAUCAGUCCCACGUGAACACGAGGAUAACGCACGAAAGGAGGAACAACAGAGGAACGAAGACAGAGAUUUACCAGCGUUAUUGCUGUAAAAAAAAAGAGAGAGAGAGAGAAAAAGAAGAAACGCUGGCGUGGUUGUUAGCGAUAAAUUUACUCGAGAAGCCGUACUUGUCGUAAAUUUUUUAUACUUGUAACAUUUUGUUGCGUAAAUACGAUGACUUUAGUGAAGUCAACAGUGCAAUCGUUACACGUUUUUUAGCGUUAAUUUAAGAGGAUCGGAUAGAGAAGAAUAAUGUUUACCUUUUUGCUUAUAAAUGAAAAGAAGCGUUGUUUCUGUGCGAGAGAAAGGAGAGAGUGUGAGUGUGAUAGAAAAAAAGAGAGUAUGUAACACUACGAAGGAAAUCGCUAUCUCUAUUAAUAUAGAAAACUAAUUAUUUUAACGUUCUAUCAAUUUUAUCAAUCUAUCAGUUACAUUUAUUAAUCGUUGCCAACAAAAGUCACGUAUUAAAUUUGAUUGUUCGAAUCUUGGCAACGUAAACGUUAAUACAUAUCGAUUUGUCCGAUAACGAUAAAUCACUGCCUUACCAAUUGCAUACGGAUAUUUAAAUGUAAAAGGCGCUUACCUUUAAAAAAACAAGCUAUGCGAAUGUGCAACGAAUCUUGUUUGUUUAAGUAAAAGUUACUAAGCAUGGACAUACAUGUUGCUAGAGGUAGCGAAUUCUUUCAAAGAGAUUAUUAUGUUUUGUUGUAAAUUGAUGAAUUGUUUUUUGACGAGUACACAUGUAAAUACAAUUUUAUGUGCUGUAAGA